CCGCGGGCGCCGGGGCGGACGGAGCGGCGGCGGCGGCGGCUCUCGGCGCUCUGAGCGGCGCGGCGCGGCGGGCACAGGGCUCAUGUAAUCAAAGAAGUUUCUUUGUUGUGUGUAUCUUUUCAGAACACAACAGGAAUUGAAAAUGAAUCAGAACACUGCUGAACCUGUGGCAGCCCCUGAAACUCUGGCUGAGGUACCUGAACAUGUGCUUCGAGGACUCCCAGAGGAAGUGAGGCUUUUCCCAUCUGCUGUUGACAAGACCCGGAUUGGUGUCUGGGCCACUAAACCAAUUGUAAAAGGCAAAAAGUUUGGGCCAUUUGUUGGUGAUAAGAAAAAAAGAUCUCAGGUUAAGAAUAAUGUUUACAUGUGGGAGGUAUAUUACCCAAAUUUGGGAUGGAUGUGCAUUGAUGCCACCGAUCCAGAGAAGGGGAACUGGCUGCGAUAUGUGAAUUGGGCUUGCUCAGGAGAAGAGCAAAAUCUAUUUCCACUGGAAAUCAACAGGGCCAUUUACUAUAAAACUUUAAAGCCAAUCGCGCCGGGCGAGGAGCUCUUGGUCUGGUACAAUGGGGAAGACAACCCCGAGAUAGCAGCUGCGAUUGAGGAAGAGCGAGCCAGCGCCCGGAGCAAGCGGAGCUCGCCCAAAAGCCGGAAAGGGAAGAGAAAAUCCCAGGAAAACAAAAACAAAGUAAACAAGACGGAAGACAUAGAGCUGAAGACAAGUGAGCCAUAUUCUACCUCUGCGAAUAUGAGAGAUUCUGCAGAAGGUCCAAAAGAGGAGGAGGAAAAGCCUGCAGCUUCAGCAGCUGGGCAAACAGCAGUUCCGCAAGAGGUGGUUAAUCAGGAUGUGCUUCCAGAGCCGGUAAUCCCUCCCCCAGCCUGUGAAUCACAGACAGAACCAGAAGAGAAGCUUGAAGCCACAAACUGUGAGGUGAAUGAUUUGGAGGAAGAAGAAGAGGAAGAGGAGGAGGAAGAAGAUGAAUUGGAAGAAGAGGGGGAAGAUGAAGCAGAUACACCAAAUGGCAGUUCUGUGAAAGAGCCAGAAAUACGUUGCGAUGAAAAACUAGAAGACUUACUAGAAGAACCAAAAAUUACUUCAAACGAAAUUCUUGAAGACUCUCCAGAAGUACCACCUGCUAUCAAAAUUCCCAAAACUAAAGAAGAGGCUAAUGGUGAUGUAUUUGAGACAUUUAUGUUUCCAUGUCAACAUUGUGAAAGAAAGUUUACAACCAAACAGGGACUAGAACGUCACAUGCACAUCCAUAUAUCUACCAUCAAUCAUGCUUUUAAAUGCAAGUACUGUGGGAAAGCAUUUGGCACACAAAUUAACCGGAGGAGGCAUGAGCGUCGUCAUGAAGCAGGCCUAAAGCGAAAGCCCAGCCUAACACUACAGUCAUCGGAAGACCCAGCUGAUGGCAAAGUAUCUGGAGACAGUGGUACUCCAAAAAGUGAUUCAAAUCCUAAUCUUGGGCAAGACUGUCUGAUCUUGAGUUCAGAGAAAGCAUCCCAAGAAACGGUAAAUUCUUCUGUUGUAGAAGAGAAUGGAGAAGUUAAAGAGCUUCAUCCAUGCAAAUACUGUAAAAAGGUGUUUGGGACUCAUACUAAUAUGAGACGGCAUCAGCGUCGAGUUCAUGAGCGUCAUCUGAUCCCCAAAGGUGUAAGACGAAAAGGAGGCCUCCUGGAAGAGCCACAGCCUCCUGUGGAGCAGGCCCAGCCUUCCCAAAAUGUCUACGUACCAAGCACAGAACCAGAGGAGGAAGGGGAGGCAGAUGACGUGUAUAUCAUGGAUAUUUCUAGCAAUAUCUCUGAAAACUUAAAUUACUAUAUUGAUGGUAAAAUUCAAACUAGCAGCAGCACUAGUAACUGUGAUGUGAUUGAGAUGGAAUCCAACUCCGCAGACCUAUAUGGUAUCAAUUGCCUACUUACCCCAGUGACCGUGGAAAUUACUCCAGGUAUAAAGACCACACAAGUUCCUAUAGUAGAUGAUCCUUCUAAAGAGCCUUCUAGUAGCACAAACAGUGAGUCCAAGAAAAGGAGAACUGCUAGUCCUCCGGUGUUACCCCAAAUUAAAGCUGAAGCAGAGUCUGAUCCUGUAACACCCUCUUGCUCCAUAAGUCUUCCUCUUAGCAUAUCAACAACGGAGGCAGUAUCUUUCCACAAAGAGAAAAGUGUGUAUCUUUCGUCAAAGCUCAAACAGCUUCUUCAAACCCAGGAUAAGCUAACUCCUCCUGCAGGGAUUUCAGCAACGGAAAUGCCUAAAUUAGGUCCUGUAUGUGUGUCAGCACCUGCAUCCAUGCUGCCUGUGACCUCCAGUAGGUUUAAGCGACGGACCAGCUCUCCUCCCAGUUCUCCACAGCAUAGUCCUGCCCUUCGGGACUUUGGGAAGCAAAAUGAUGGUAAAGCAGUGUGGACUGAGGCGGUUCUGAGUUCCAAAAAACCCAAGUUAGAAAGUCAUAGCAGCUCACCGGCAUGGAGUUUGUCUGGGAGAGAGGAGAGAGAAACUGUGAGCCCCCCAUGCUUUGAUGAAUAUAAAGUGUCUAAAGAGUGGGCAGCCAGUUCUACUUUUAGCAAUGUCUGCAACCAACAGCCCCUGGAUUUAUCCAGUGGUGUAAAACAGAAAGCUGAGGGUGCAGGCAAGACUCCCGUCCAAUGGGAAUCUGUAUUAGAUCUCAGUGUGCAUAAAAAACCUUGUAGCGAUUCUGAAGGAAAGGAAUUUAAAGAAAAUCAUUUGGUGCAGCCACCCUGCAGCGCUGUAAAGAAAAAGAAACCAACCACCUGCAUGCUGCAGAAGGUUCUUCUCAACGAAUAUAAUGGCAUUGACUUACCUGCAGAAAAUACUCCGGAUGUGACUAGGAGCCCGAGUCCUUGUAAAUCGCUAGAUCCACAACCAGAGGCUGCUGUUAGUGUUGACACUACUUUACCUGCCCCUACUGUUCCAUCCCCGCCCGAUGUUUCUCCCUCAUCAACUACCUUGCAGACAUCUUCCCUCUCUUCUGGGCAGCUGCCUCCUCUCUUGAUCCCAACAAAUCCCUCCUCCCCUCCUCCCUGCCCUCCAGUAUUAACUGUUGCCACACCACCACCUCCUCUCCUCCCUACUGUACCUCUACCUGCUUCCUCUUCUAGUGCCUCUCCUCAGCCGUGCCCCUCGCCUCUCUCAAAUGCCACUGCACAAUCUCCACUUCCAAUUCUCUCCCCUACAGUGUCUCCCUCGCCAUCUCCCAUUCCUUCUGUGGAGCCACUGUUGUCUGCUACUUCACCAGGACCUCCCACACUUUCUUCAUCAUCCUCAUCUUCCUCCUCUUCAUUUUCUUCUUCCUCCUCUUCCCCUUCACCACCACCUCUCUCAGCAGUGUCAUCUGUUGUUUCCUCUGGGGAUAAUCUAGAAGCUUCUCUGCCCGUGAUAUCUUUCAAACAGGAAGAGUUGGAGAAUGAAGAUCUGAAACCCAGGGAAGAACCUCAGCCUGCAGCUGAGCAGGACAUUGUUCAGGAAACGUUCAACAAAAGCUUUGUCUGCAAUGUCUGCGAAUCACCUUUUCUUUCCAUUAAAGAUCUAACCAAACAUUUAUCAGUUCAUGCUGAAGAAUGGCCCUUCAAAUGUGAAUUCUGUGUGCAGCUCUUUAAGGCUAAAACUGCUCUGUCAGAACAUCGGUUUUUGCUUCACGGCGUUGGGAAUAUCUUUGUGUGUUCAGUUUGUAAAAAAGAAUUUGCAUUUUUGUGCAAUUUGCAGCAGCACCAGCGAGAUCUCCAUCCGGACAAGGUGUGCACACAUCACGAGUUUGAAAGCGGCACCCUGAGGCCCCAGAACUUCACAGAUCCCACCAAAGCCCACGUAGAGCAUAUGCAGAGUUUGCCAGAAGAUCCUUUAGAAGCAUCUAAGGAAGAAGAGGACUUAAAUGAUUCUUCUGAAGAGCUUUAUACAACCAUAAAAAUAAUGGCUUCUGGAAUAAAGACAAAAGAUCCAGAUGUCCGAUUGGGUCUCAAUCAACAUUACCCAAGCUUUAAACCACCUCCAUUUCAGUACCAUCACCGAAACCCCAUGGGUAUUGGUGUGACAGCCACAAAUUUCACUACCCAUAAUAUUCCACAGACUUUUACUACUGCCAUUCGCUGCACUAAGUGUGGAAAAGGUGUGGACAACAUGCCAGAAUUACACAAACACAUCCUGGCGUGUGCUUCUGCUAGUGAUAAGAAGAGGUACACCCCUAAGAAAAACCCUGUACCAUUGAAACAAACUGUGCAACCCAAAAAUGGUGUGGUGGUUUUAGAUAACUCUGGGAAAAACGCCUUCCGGCGGAUGGGGCAACCCAAGAGACUGAACUUUAGUGUCGAGCUCACCAAAAUGUCAUCAAAUAAGCUCAAAUUAAAUGCAUUGAAGAAAAAAAAUCAGCUUGUACAGAAGGCAAUCCUUCAAAAAAACAAAUCUGCAAAGCAGAAGGCGGACUUAAAAAAUGCUUCUUCGACAUCCUCGCACAUCUGCCCUUACUGCAAUAGAGAGUUCACGUACAUCGGCAGUCUGAAUAAACAUGCCGCCUUCAGCUGUCCCCAAAAACCUCUGUCUCCUUCCAAAAAAAAAGUUGCUCAUUCAUCCAAGAAAGGUGGACACUCCUCGUCUGCAAGUAGUGACAAAAACAAUAGCAACAGCCACCGAAGGAGGACUGCAGAUGCAGAAAUUAAAAUGCAGAGCAUGCAGGCUCCUUUGGGCAAGACCAGAGCCCGAAGCUCAGGCCCCACACAAGUCCCACUGCCUUCCUCAUCCUUCAGGUCCAAGCAGAAUGUUAAAUUUGCAGCUUCGGUUAAGUCCAAAAAGCCAAGCUCCUCCCUAAGGAACUCAAGCCCAAUAAGGAUGGCCAAAAUAACUCACGUUGAGGGGAAAAAGCCCAAAGCUGUGGCCAAGAAUCAUUCAGCUCAGCUCUCAAGCAAGACAUCACGGAGUCUGCACGUGAGGGUGCAGAAAAGCAAAGCUGUCUUACAAAGCAAAUCCACUUUGGCCAGUAAGAAAAGAACAGACCGGUUCAAUGUAAAAUCUAGAGAGCGGAGUGGGGGGCCAAUCACCCGAAGCUUACAGUUGGCAGCUGCUACCGACUCAAGUGAGAACAGGAGGGAGGAUGGCAAUGGCAGGCAAGAGCUGAAGGACUUCAGCUACAGUCUCCGCCUGGCAUCCCGCUGCGCUCCCACCGCCCCGUACAUCACCAGGCAGUGUCGGAACAUCAAGGCCACGGCCGCAGCCCAGUUCCAGGGACCCCUCUUCAAAGAGUAGACCCUUCACCUGUUCCCCGACAGCACCUGAAGUGACCUGGAAUCAGUGAAGCCAAAGGGACUGGCCUUCUGCCCCGCCGGCAGCAUUGACCAAUCCCGGUUCUCUGAGCCUGUGAGAGCAAGGGAGGGAGCCUGUGUGCCAGCGCGCCUGCGUGCGGUCUCCAAAAGAGGCUCCCAGACCCAGGGAGGCCUGAAGGCAGCUUCUGCUACACCGUGAAAGAGUCAGGUGUAGCCCCCAGGACCUUGCAUUCUGCAGCUAAGCCUUGGGGGUGGGGGGACCUCCUACUAUGCAAUUUUUUCAAGAGCUCCUUGAUCCUGCUUUUUGCUUCUUGGGUUGUCUUUUGUUAUUGUGGGGACUCUGGUUGGGCUUGGGGUGGGAGGGGCGUCAGUUCAAGUCCUGUCCUUCCAGAGGAGGCCAGGUGUGCCCGCUGCUCUCCCCUUCCCCACUCCUUCCCCGGCCUCCACCAUCUCUGGGAAUCAACAGAUACGUGGAACCCGCCUGCUGUCCUCCUUGACUCCAGCUCUUGGAACACCCUCUUCUCUGGCCCGAGCAAUCUGAGCUGCUGGCUUUUGAGUCAUUUCUAGGUUUGAAAUUCUAGUCAGUCUGGGUGCAGCUGGAAGAAGGUCCCCCCUCCCCCCACCCUCUUUACAGAACCAGGGGUGCCUUUCCUGGGAAAGGUGCAGAAAGGGAAGACCAGUGGGGGUGGGGACAUCAUAUCACAUAUAUUUGUCUUUGCUUCACUUGCUGGGACCAUCAACACCUUUAGGAUUUGAGUUUUUCAAAUCAGCUGAAAAGGGAAACACAAUUACCGAGAAAAGAAAAAUAAGUUGGAGAUUCAAAGCAGAGAGGGAUGGGUGAAGAGAUUGCUGGGGGCCCUCAAUCAUUUGACAGACACCAGAGUUGAUUGUGGGGGACCAGGAGAGGCAGGUCCCUGCUUUUGGCGGAAGCGUCCAUGUCUCGGAGAAACGGGUGAGUGUAUCCAUGAGUUUGGACCCAGUUCAGCUACAGGCUUGGGCUUUGUGCCUUUGGGGCAGACCCCAGACAGGGAAGUCUGAGACCACUUUGGCGCCAUUUCCUUAGCUCUGUUUUCAAUAGUGACAUUGGAAUCUGAAGUGGAAGGAGGGACCUUUGAGAAGUCUUGAGUGGUUACACACACAAAAAGGGAUUUUUUAUUUUCAGGGCUACUAUGGUUGAUCUUGCAACUCUGUAAAUAUGUAUGUAGACACUUGUAAAAGCACGUAUUUAUGUCCCUGAUUGUAAAUGCCCCGUUUUUAAAAGUUUUAUAACUUGUGUUAUUUAAUUAGUCCGUCGAUUGGCUGCAGUGUAGGGUCUGAUAAAGUCCAGGACAAAGGUCUCUCUCGACCCUCACAUGGGCAGAAGAACGCUGAACGCUGGCCCACGUCACGAUCUUCCUGUUUCACACCCAGCUACAAACCACUUUCUUCAAUUUUCACAAAAUGGAACUCUGUUGCCUGCUCCUUAGAGUGAACCCCUCCAGGCAUGACAAACUCAGGCUGUUUCUUCCCCUCCUGAUGAUAUAACUGUCCCAUAAAUGUCAACACUCAUGAACUGUACUCAAGACUCCCAGUUCUGGAGGGUCCCCCUCCCUCUUCUGCAACAAGGAAAGUUCAUGAAGCCAAAGCUUCAGAAGUCAACUUCAACCAAGAAGAAAUUCUAGAAAGCGUGAGGCAGUACUGGGGAGGGGAGGGGACUUAUCAUCAUCAUCAUCAUCAUUAUUAUUAUUAUUAUUAUUAUUUUGCAUGUGCAAACGUGCUCGUCAGACUUUUAAUACUCUCAGACUCUCAGGAGAACAGCUACAAGUGUUCCAAUCAGGAGAAAGGGGUGACUUGCAGAAGAGAGGUGUCCCGGAUCAGCAGGGUUCCUCCAGCGUGGGUCUGGAUUGUGGAAGAGGAUGGUUCUGUACCUGCUAUGUGAAGAAAAUUAACAAUAAAAGUGUGAAGCGUAA